CUAACCCUAAAUUCACUACGCAUCUGUUCGGUUACAAGUUAGAAUUUCCACUUUUCGCCAAAAUCACGUCUAUAGUGAAGCAAACAAUUUCCAGCUUCUAGCGGAAACAAACACAGACUAGCAUGAAUUGGUACCUCCACGUUUCCAAUUCAUAAAAUCACGGUGGCAGUUGCUUUUUGCCGUGGAAGUGAGGAGCUAAUAACGGUGUGACAGUGCGGUGGAUUGAAACUCCUGCUCCAUUUUGUUUCAGUAAUUGUCUUGCCUGUGCUUCUAUAUAAACAAAGAAACAAGCAUCUUUGCAGGAACGAUUCCCAGAAAGCAACCAUGGAUGUUGAUUCACAGCCAACUAUGGAGGAAACAAUUUUGGUUGGUGAUGAUCUAAUGACGGGUCCUCCAUCACCAAUAGUACCGCCGGAAAUAGCUUCGCAUGUGCUCCAAGGUGUUGAUCUAUGUGAUGGAAUUCUCAGGAAUCUAUUCUUGUGCUUGCAAAUCAAUGACAUUGAACCAUUCUGUCAAGAUGAGAUUGCUCUAUAUAAACAAUGUGCUGAAAGAAGGGAUAAGGAGAUAAGAAAUCGGCUUCAAGAUAGUGAAUUCAAAUUGGGUUCAUCAAUGCCUUUAGAUGCAGCCAAGGAGAGGACUACUCAGCUUGAGGCAGAAGUUACAUCAUUGGAGAGGCGCUUGAUUCUUGCUAGUGGAGUUGAGGGCAUUGAAGGUUUCCGCCAAAGAUGGAGCUUGCACGGCCGCCUUACUGAUUCCAAAAAAAGGUUGGAAUUUUUAAAGCGGGGCAUAGAUGGAAGAACUGUAUGAAUCCUUUGGGGAAUCAACUUCCAAAAUUUGGUACUUGAGUGGAAGGUUAUACCUGCAUCAGGAGCCAUACAGAUGUUCCGUUGCUUUUUAACCAUCAUUUUUAUCAUAUUCAUCCCAAGUGUUUUUGGACCAAAGUCAUCUUGUGUUCAAAGGUGUAAUAACUGAACUAAUUUUAAAUGUAAAUUAAAUAAUAUCAUUCAUGAAUGAAUCAAUGUUUUUUUUCUUCUAAAGAACUCGCGGCCAAACCAACACACAUUAAGUGCAAAUUUGUAAAAAAAUUGUGAGUAAAAAUUCGCUUCUAGCAUAUCAAAUAUCAUGGAAAUCCUUUAGCAUAUAGGUAUAUACUUAUAGGGAUGGAGAAAUCAAUAAU